AGGGGUGGUGGGGAGGAGGAGGAGGAGGCGGUGGGGGUCGAACUGGAUUGAAAAGUAGGCCGAAUGUUCAGGAAUGGCUGAAGAGAACAACGAGGGUCACACUCGCGGGAACCGUAAACUAAGGGAGAGCCGAGAGGCUGCUGUGGCCGGAGAAGGGGGUGAGGAAGAAGAGGAGGAGGAGGAGGAAGAAGAAGGGGAGGAAGAAGAAGACGAAGAAGAAGAGGAAGGGGCUCUGGGCUGGAGGAAGGCCUUGCAGCAGUGCGACCUGAUCCAGAACAUGAUCGACAUCAGCAUCUCCAGCCUCGAGGGGCUGAGGACCAAGUGCGCCGCUUCCAACGACCUGACACAGCAGGAAAUCAGGAUGCUGGAGGUUAAGCUUGUAAAAUAUAUCAGUAAACAGUUGCAGUGCAAGCACAAAGUACCUUCCAGUGAGAGGACACCCGAACUUGAGAGCUACCCACGACUGAGUGAUUGGCUGAAUACCAUUAAUUUAAGGAAGAAAAUAAUACAAAAGGUCCCAGGUGAUCUGACGCUAGAUCUUUUGCUGGAUAUGUCAGAUGCUAAAGUCGCGGAGGCCAUGAAGAGAUAUGGAGUCAACCCCGAGGAGUGCUGUCGGUUGAAUGCUGCCCUCUCCUGUUUAAAGAGUGUAAAUGAUUCAGGUGGGGAGUUGCAAGAUGAUGCAAUUCUCUGGACCUCAUUUGAAACGAGACGAGAAAGCAGUACCAUACCUCCUUCAGAGCUGAUAUGUCCUUCCAGUUCCAGGCGGUCACAUAGUCCUUCUCUUGUUCCUAGACUGAUCUGCCCUCAGCCACGUUCAGUGUCUGUGUCUGUUAUCCCUUCGUCAGAUUCUUCACUACUGUCAAAUCUACCAGAUAAUUCAGCCGAUCCUUUUCCACCAUCCCCUCGCCCCGGUCGCUGGAAGCCAAGGACUCAAACCCUCACUAUCACACCACCUGCCACACCUCCCUCAAAGAAGAAAAACCGAUUCAAACCACCACGGACUCCACCACCACCUUCUAGGAAACUUAUUCAUCUUUUUCCUGGUUUCUCAACACUAACCAGGAGCAAGUCUCAUGAGUCUCAGUUAGGAAACCGAAUAGAUGAGAUACCACCUAUUAAGUUAGGUAAUAAGAAAAGCAGAUUCUUUGUCAAUCUAAACAUGAAUGGCAAUGGGAGCAGCUGUGAUGACAUUCCUACUCGAUCACCCUUAUUACCAAAUAGGCCUUUCUUUUCCCAGUCUUCUGGAAGUUCUCACUGUCUCCCCACAACGCCUUGUCCAUCUGAUGACUACAGUUCUCCAAAAAACACUUUACAUGUACCACGGGGUUCUCCUCCAGUUCAGCGAAGAGAUUUUGGUCUUUCGAUUACACAUAGGUUUUCUACAAAAUCUUGGUUGUCACAAACCUGUCAAGUUUGUCAAAGAAGUAUGAUGUUUGGAGUAAAAUGUAAACAUUGUAGAUUAAAGUGCCACAACAAAUGCACAAAAGAAGCUCCUGCAUGUCGAAUAUCAUUUCCUCAAAUACCAGCAAGAAUCCGAAGAACAGAAUCUGUGCCAUCUGACAUAAACAACCCUGUGGAUAGACCUGCAGAGCUUCAGUUUGGCACUCUUCCUAAGGCACUAAAUAAAAAGGAUCACGCACCAGCUUUGAAUCAGCUUGAUUCCAGCAGUAACCCAUCUUCAACAACAUCAUCAACACCUUCUUCACCAGCACCUUUCCAGUCUUCCAAUCCUCCCAGCGCUACCCCACCUCCUAACCCUUCACCAAAGGGUCCCAGGGACAGGUUUAACUUUCCAGCUGCGUACUACUUUCAUCAUAGGCAACAGUUUAUCUUCCCAGACGUUCCAAGUCCUUCACCGCAAGUCACUCUACAGCUCGAGAGUUCUGAAGACACUAACACUGUAGAGGAGACUGAACCAGAAGCUGCUGAGGAGCUGGAUGCAGAGAUUGAAGAGCAACCAGCUGAAGAAGAGGAGGAGGAGGUGAAUAAAUCUGAAACUGAAUCUGAAGACGAUGAGGUGGAUGACUUGCCAAAUUCAAGGUCCCACUGGAAAGGACUGAUUUCUCGCAAGGCCAGCCAAACUAGUGUCUUCUUACAGGAAUGGGAUAUCCCGUUUCACGAAUUGGAAGUGGGAGAGCUCAUUGGCAAAGGGCGAUGGGGGAAGGUUCACAAAGGACGGUGGCACGGGGAAGUGGCAAUUAGACUCUUAGAGAUUGAUGGAAAUAAUCAGGAUCACCUGAAAUUAUUCAAAAAGGAAGUGAUGACAUACCGGCAAACAAGGCACGAGAACGUGGUGUUGUUCAUGGGGGCUUGUAUGCAUCCGCCUCACUUAGCCAUUAUUACAAGUUUUUGUAAAGGGCGAACACUCUACUCUUUUGUGAGAGAUUCUAAAACCACGCUAGAUAUUAACAAGAUGAGGCAAAUCGCACAGGAAAUUAUAAAGGGGAUGGGGUACCUUCACGCAAAGGGUAUUGUGCACAAAGACUUGAAGUCAAAGAAUGUCUUCUAUGACAAUGGGAAAGUUGUAAUCACAGACUUUGGACUCUUUGGUAUAUCUGGAGUGGUGCAAGAGGGCAGGCGAGAAAAUGAGCUUAAGCUGCCAAAUGGAUGGUUGUGCUAUCUAGCCCCUGAAAUAGUCCGAGAAAUGUAUUCAGGCAAGGAUGAAGACAAGUUGCCAUUUUCAAAGGGUGCAGAUGUAUAUGCAUUUGGAACUAUUUGGUAUGAACUUCAGGCAAGAGAUUGGCCCUUUAAGAAUCAGCCUGUGGAGGCAAUAAUCUGGCAGGUUGGCAGUGGAGAAGGAGUCAAGAACAUAUUUGCUCAGAUCACCUUGGGAAAGGAAGUGACGGAAAUUCUAUCUGCGUGUUGGUCUUAUGAUUACCUUGAACGACCAAAUUUUACUCAGCUGAUGGAGAUGCUUGAAAAACUGCCCAAACUCAACAGGCGCCUCUCCCACCCAGGCCACUUCUGGAAAUCUGCAGACAUUAAUAGUAGCAAAACUCUUGCUCAGUUCGAAAGACUUGACGUGGGAAUUCUGGAACACCAGAACAAUCAAAAGAUUUAAUAGUUGUUCGCUCUUUUGUAGGGUAUCCUGCUUGGAGUUAGGUUCCUAAAAUGAAUUCACAAGCCAUUCAGCAAAAUUCAUUAAAUGUUGUGCAAAGUUAGUGCUGGAUAAUAAAGUAGGGAAAUUAUUGGACCGUUAAGUGUCGGGGUAAUGAAUACUUCUUGGUUGAACACAGUAAAAAGUUCUAUAAAUAAUGUUUGGAUGGAAUCUGCAACAAGAGCUGUUUUUAUCAUGCCCAGAAUAUGCUGAAGACAUUGGAGCAUCAGUGUACUGAAAUGUUGUUAACAUCCCAACUUUCUCACAACCAAUCCUAUUAAAUCUAAACUGAAAUGAUCAAUUGUAAGACCAGAAACACAGUUAAGCCACAGUUAAAAUGCAAUGAAUUUAAGCCUUCUGGAUUAUUCAUGACGUGCUAUGAUGACACAUGACGGACAAUUCAGUUGCAAACCUUAACUGAUCAGGACAAUCGUCUUCAUGCUAUAACCAUGCAUUUACCAUGAGUACAACAAUGAAAAGGGAGCAGAGUGAAAUCCUCAACCAAAUUGACGGGUAGAAAUAUGCCCAGAAAAGUGCCCAAUAUAUAAAUAAGGGGCAUUGCUGCAGGUACAGCCAAUAUAACCCAUUCGUAGGUCUGAAAAUUGAAGCAAAAUAAACAUUAAAUAUUGUAGCAGGUAACACGAGUGAAUGAUCUGUAAUUGUUUUAACUAUCUUGUGUUAACUAUCGAAAAAAUAAUUCCUCAAUAAUUUUUGCAUUUCCAUCUUGUGUAUUUUAUGAUGUCAAAUAGGGUUUUAAAGUUGAUUUACCAUAGAAUACUUUAAUCCAUGGCAUUUCAUCCAAUUUAUAAUCUUACCAUGCCUGGACAUCGACAGGAUAGGUGCACAACAUUGUAAAAUUCUUUCAAUAAUGGGUAAUAAUGAAAGACCCAAUGCAAAUGUCAGUGCAGUUUUAUAACUUGCUCUGAAUAAUGAUUAGGAUCGAUUUGUGAUGGUGACUAUUGGAUAAGAUCACCUCGUUGAAUAUGAACAUCAAUAUGAACAGUAAUGAAUCCUUUACUUGGGCGUGCAAUCGACAUUGGAAACUUCUCAAAGUUUGUUGCGUGUCAAUUGUGUAGAGAUGUAUCAUUUUGUGACGCUGUUAUUGUGUUCUUGUAUUUUAAAACCGUGAAUCAGAAAUGUAUCAGCUACCAUGAACUUUACCUGGAUAAUUAAAAUUAAUGGUGGAUAUCGAAACAAAACACAAUCAAUUUCACACUUAACUUUGUUAAUAAUGGGAUGGAUUGACAGCGAGCGCAAAGAAGCUGUUGCCCGUGUCAGACUUUACAGAAAGGAUUUGGAUUCCACAGAAUUAGAUGCAAGUUGCACGUUGGGACCAGGAAAUGGAUGAAAGUGGAGGAAUGGGUUUUCAGGAUGCAAGGGAAUUUUCAUAUUUUGGGCAGAUUGGGAUUUCUUCCUCUUUGAUUUAAAUGUAUGCAGUGCAACAGGUUACUAGAGCACUUGUUUGUAAAACUUGUGUGACUUCUAGUGGGUUUUGAAGAAUUAAAUGCACUUGAUUGAUUUUCCAAAUUCCUGUUGCUGUAAUUUAUUAUUCCUGAGAUUUAGAAAACAGAUUGACAGUUACUACUUUAAAAUACAGUAGUUUAAUUACAAUACUUGAGUCAUCUACAAAAGUUGGGUUGCUUUGGUUCUUACGUCCAUGGUAGCCUGGUUUUAAACUGAUCUUGCUUAAAUAAGAUUGUAUGCUCCUUUCCACCUAGCCAUAAAAUGAAUGCAACUAUUGCAUCAAAAAUUACUUGUUUUAAUAUGCAAGUGUAAUGAGUGUAUUGGCCUGCCCUGCAAUUUGUAGCAGGUGGAUACAGUGAUAUCAGUGGAGUUUAGUGGCUGUUGUAGCGGAAAAAAAAAAGCUUUGAACUCAUAAUUUCAAAUCUAAGACCAAUAUUACUUUGGAAUUUACCUUGUCUUUGUUGGUGAGUUUGUGGAGUUUGCUGGAUGGACCACUCUGGCUGUGGACUGUUCCAUUUUGAAAUGAAUGAACCACUGUUCCUCCUUCUCACCCUCUUUCCCCACCAAAAAAGGGGAAAAUCAUCUCUUAUUGGUCAAUAAGAAAAAAGCAUUGAUUGAUGUGGACUAUGGGGAAAGAAAAUCUGUGACAUAUUCCCUCCUGACUAAAGGAUAAAGUGGGAGGUAGCAAUGGAGGUUGGGAAAAUAAUGUGAACUAUAUAUGAAUAUUCUACAGAAUUGCAGCUUCUAGAUUAAAUCCAUUAAAUUCAAAUGAUGAUUAAUUGAAGGUCAUUAGUUGGUGAGAGAGAGUGUGAGGCAGAGAGAAUAUUGAGUCAAGGAAUGUGGUUAAACAAAAAUUAAGUGGGAAGUGAAAAUAUUGAGCAUCUUAGAAUGAAAGAUUUUUGCAUGGGAAUGAAGUCAGUGACAUUUUUACUACUUUUACAUGGUGUCCGUGCUGCAGAUAAUUAAACAAAAAUUCAUGGUUGGUAAUGGAUUUCUGUUUCAUGUUUUGGAAGACUUGUAAAUUGUUAACUGAAACGUCAUUGUAAUAAUGACAAGUUUGAAUUUGCCGCAUAACCAUAUUUUUGACUAACCAUUCCGAUUGUUCCUCCUGCUCUCAUCAUUUCCAUGCAGUGCAACCUUUUACUGUUUAAGUAUCUUAGCACAUGAUUGUCAAUUAUUCCAACUACAUUGAGGACAAGCAAUUGAGAUAAAGAAGUUCUCUGAAAUAUAGAUGCCUUGUUUGAAUAGUUAUAACAAAUCAUCUUAAAACGAUCAUUCAAAGUAUAAUUGCUUUUAAAACUCUGAUCCCUAAAGUUAUCUCUUUAAUUCCCAACUCUCAAUUUAAAACAAAGUUAAAGCAGAGACUGACGGGGAUUCAGGCACACGAUUUGGGGCUUUGGUGGGGUGGGUGGGAGUUGACCAAAACCGCGGUAAAAAAGAAGGGUCUUGAGGUGCGAUUCAAAGGUUGGAAGGGUGAAGUGGAGUGACUCUGGGUUGGGGUCUCCAGAGAACAGGGGCAAAAUGGCUAAAAGCUCGGUCCAUUCCUGGUGGGGUGGAUCGGGCAGCUAAACAAAGUUCAACCAGAUAAUCUGGUCUGACUGAAUUUGACUUCAUUGGAACAGUUGAGUAAAUAAACCCUUAUUGUUUCAAUUGUUGGCUCGCUUACACACGUGAGGUGCGUUCACUUUUAGGUAACCACCUAAACCACCCCCUGUACUGCACCUGAGAUUGAAUGUGAAUCAAGUGUAUUGCAGCGGCAUCAGCUAUUGUGAAACAGAGUAACGUGAUUAUAAAAAUAACGCUGGUUCCAGUGCAAUCUUAAAAGCUGUAUUCCGAAUGUAAAUUUACAUUUUUCUAUCGGCUUUCAGAAGGUAGGUGUAGAAUUUUGGUACUUUAGAAAUUCUGUACAUUGACUCAUUUGGCGUGCGUUUUUUUUUAAAAAAAGAAGGCUGGGGGAGUUUUCAGUAAUUUAUUGGUGGCUUAAACUUUAAGGAUUGGGUGUUGUGUUGGAGUUUUGCAGCUUGCACAUUGGUGCUUUUAAAUAGAUCUUCCUUUCAAAAUUACUAUGUUCCAAAACAUAGGCUACCAUUAUGCAGCAUUUUAUGACGUGUGGUGAUUUUUAAUUUUAUAAAAAAUGUUAGGAUGGUUAUUUAAGGGAGAAAAUACGACACUGAUGAAAAUACACACACACACACACAUACACAUCAUACAUUCACACCCAGAGCAAAUUAAAAUGUGAAACAUGGCUGUUCUGACUGUAGAAUAUUGCGACAGUAGAUGAGUUGCAAUAUUGUGUGUAAAUGGUGGCUUUCAGAAGAAAACUUAACAAAAGUUUGUGUAAGCAACUUCAUUAGAUUUGAAUGUGAUGUAAAUUUGUACAGUAAAAUUAUAUUUUCUAUAAACUGGGUUUGUCUUCCAGGAAACUACAAUUAAUUUAUAUGAGAAUCUGUUAGUAUUAACCAAGGUCUAUGUUUAGUUUAUGCAACCCCAACACUUCAAUAUGUUGUAUUGAAUUCUGUAUCAGAUACUGUAUGUAGUUUUUUUUGUGCAGACAAUGUCUUAAUGCUCACACAAAUAAAGGUUUCCAUUUAACAACCUAA